AUGACUAAGAUGAAAAUGGACGUAACAAUUGAGUUGGAUCUUGAUGGCGAUGAUUGGGAGGAGGUUGAUGUGUUAUCCGACAAAUGCGUUGAAGAUAUUCUAGAAGACGUUCACAUAGAUGAUCCAAUUUUAGUAUCUGAUGUUCGAAUUACCCUACCUGCAAACAUUCGAAUCAAAAACUUCAAGAAAGAAAUACGAGAUUUGAUUUUAGCAAAUCUAGAUGUCCCAACAACGGUUUCGGCCGGAUCAUGGCAGAUUGUUUCAAGUUUCUUGCGCGGCAUUGAAUACUCGGAGAUAGGAGGAAGGGAACGAAAUAGCAAGCUAUCGUGGAAGCCAUUUGAAGAUAUGCACGCUCAAAUACUUGUAAAUGCUCUAGCAUAUGCUCAACGAGUCGAUAUUUUAGUGAAGCUUAAAUCGUAUAUAGAUUCCAACAGUUAUCUGAAAAAUGUUCCCGAACCAAUGUUUGCAUUUGCUGACACGGACUCCAUGGCAAGUACAACUACAUUUUCAGAAUAUGCGGAGCCUGUACAUUCGAUGAAUGCUAGGAAAAAAAUAUUAUUGUUGCACUAUGAAACUACGUCCAAAGAAAAGGAAGAUUUCAAAUGGUUUAAAUGCAAUUUGAAAAAUGUUUUAGAAAAAGAACGCAAGGAGGGAAAAGACUUGGAAGUUUUUGAUGUGAAGGUGUGGGAGAAGGAUGAUCGGGGAAACGUGUUUCAGGAGCUGGAAAAGCAUUAUGAUCUAUUUCCGCAUAUUGUUGUGUGCUUCAAUAAAUCUUACAUAGAAGCCACAAAACCGAACAGCAAAAGCAAAAUGCCUCAGUUCCGAAAAUCAAUCAGUGAUAAGUUGAAUGUAGAAUUCCACAUGAAUGGCAAUCGCAAUUUACGAGGCAGAUGUGUACUUAUGUCGGAAGUGGAAAAAGUAACGGACACGUACUGGGCAGCUGUAACGAAUCAAUAUCCAUUCCCCGGAAGUUUUGAACCAUUUGUGAAGCGUCUUCUGAGAGAUGGAAAAGUGAAGAAACAAUCACACAAUAAUGCAAAUGAUCAUCACGAGGAUUCCAUGAACUACAGUAUUACACAAUAAACACCAUGUGGUAUUUUGAGCCAAUAAUCUAUACAUUGUAGCAUCUGAUGAACUUUUUUUUCAUUGUACACUUUUUUGAUGACAGUCACGUGUUUUUUUAGAUUUCUCAGACAGUCUUUACUAUCCACAUUUUUUCAUAUUACAAAAACAGUAUUUUUCUUUCAAUUUUCUCAGUUAAUCUAUUAAGAUGUUGUUUCCGACUUUCAAUUUCCAGAUUUUAUUAUACACUAAUGAAAUAAAUCUUACAGAAGGUUCUAUCUUUGAACACUAUGAAU